CCCAGUUAAUCUUAUUUAGAAAACAAUUUGACUUCACAACUACAUACAAAAUUUUACUAAAAAGAACAAAAAAUACUUUUAUUGACCUUCCCAGUUCAAAGUUCACCAAGAUACCUCCAAGUAAUCGAUAAACUUCCAUAUAAAAAGCAAUGCACACAUAGCAUUCAUGUCAAAAUUGAGCUACUGCAGGCUGCAUUCUUCGUUACAAACUUUGUUAAACAAUUAAUUUUUUGUUAAUUUGGGGCAAUUUGUUUACAGUAGCUGAAAUAGGUAAGCCAUGAUUUUCUGCGCCCGGACCUUCAGCUUCACAGCAGCAAUAUUUCUAAUGUUAUUCACCAGGACUCUGUCUGACACGUUACCAGCGUGCUCUGUAAUACAAGGGCUUCCAGGUCUCAAUGGACGGGAUGGAAGAGAUGGCAUUAAUGGAUUAAAAGGAGAUACAGGUCCUCCUGGAGUAGUAGGAGCACCAGCAAUGAGAGGCAGCACCGGACCACCAGGAAAACAAGGACCUAAAGGAGAUCUUGGGCUAACUGCAUUGCUUACAAAUAUACAAAACAAAUUAUCUUCUCUUGAAGCCCAGGUGAAUCAAAUGCAGCUCAUUACAUCAGCAAGGACUAAAGCCCUACUGUUUGCUAGAGGGGCCAUUGCUGGAGAAAAAAUAUUUGUUACAAGUGGGAAACAGCUAACAUAUGAUGAGACAAAAGCAAUAUGCCUGAAAGCUGGUGGUCAGUUAGCCACACCAAGAAAUUCAGAAGAGAAUAAUGCUAUUUUAAAUAUUGCACAGAAUUACAACUUGUUUCCAUUCCUGGGAAUAACUGACAUUCAAACAGAAGGUACUUUUCGAUACUCAGAUGGAAAUUCAAUUACUUAUUCAAAUUGGAAUAUUAGAGAACCCAAUCAAAAAGGAGAAGAAGACUGUGUUGAAAUGCAACUAGAUGGGAAGUGGAAUGACAGACGGUGUGAGGAAAAGAGACUGAAUGUAUGUGAAUUUUAACAUCAAAAUGAAUGUUGGGAUGAUAGAAAGUCAGCAAUCAUUCUUUUUGUUUAAUUGAGCAAAGUAUUUACCCAAUAAAGUUGCGUUCACUCUAAUACCAUUAAUAUAAUAUGUAACAAGCAAUAAACACUUGGUUAUGUGUGAUGAUGAUAUAAA